GGGUGAGAGGCCCUAGCCGGAAGGGCUUCCGGGUGUUGUGGGCCUCUGCUGCGGUGGCACGGGUGCGAGCCAGGGGCUUGGUCCGUGCUGCCUGCGGGCCCACGCCGCCUGUCCUCGCCCCCACCCUAAGCUAAAAUGAACAUGUUACUUUUGCAACUCGAUCUUGAAUUCUGACGCAUGGUUCUGAUCCUGAUGAAUUAUAUCCAUAAACUGGUUAUGUAUACUGUGUGUGAUGCUGAGAGUGCCCAGGCUGCUCAGAGGUGAACGAGAUGUGUGUAUUAUAUUGCCUGUCCAUGCUAGAAAUGGAAAAGUUCAGAUGCACGCAAAUAUCAUUCAGAUUAAGUGCAUCAGGUGAAAGGAUACAUGUUCACUUCAAGUACAAAGGAGGAUGUUUCCAAAAUCCCAUGAUUUGAGUCAUCCACAGUUCCUUUCAAAAUAUCAACAGCAGAGUGAUUUCUUCAAUAAGCUUUGUCUAAGUAUACCACCUUUUCUCUUUCAGCAGCAAGUUACUGAUGCUCAGUUUAAUUUUCAGAACACAGAGGCUCUCUUCAGUGGGAAUCUUCCAACUACUCCACCUGUUACACUGCAGCCAAUGACUUGCAGAAAUAGCAGUCCAGGACAUAUGUCUGAUGCCCCCAUGUCAUUCCGAGCAAGAAAGAGACUAAGUGUAGAAAGUGCUCCGCAUGAUGCCAAACGGCAGCGGUUUCAUUCACAACGUCCUCAAACAACUGUAGUUAACCAAGCAGUGCCUUUACCAGGAGGAUGUAGAUACUUCUUUCCAGGAUCAAUUCCAUCUCCACUGUUCAAUACACGUAACGUACAAGAUUUAGGUGGAUGUGCCAGUCUAUUGCAAGAUACUAUAUUUCCAGAUCUUACAGAAACCACGCUCCCUGCGGCCAAAGAUAAGUUAAGUCAGCAGGUUUUGGACUUGUUUCAAGUGUAUCAGCAAAAGAACUGUGAUUUGAACAGAAAAGAGCUCUGCAGAAUAGAACUCCAGAGAGAAAUUCAGCACAUUUUUCCACGGAGCAGACUCUUUUUGGUUGGGUCCUCACUGAACGGGUUUGGCACUCGUAGCAGUGAUGGUGACUUGUGUCUGGUCAUUAAAGAAGAACCAGUAAAUCAGAAGACUGAAGCAAGGCAAAUACUCAACUUAGUCAAAAACCUCUUCAGUACUAAACUUUCAAGCUACAUUGAGCGACCUCAGCUGAUUCGAGCAAAAGUGCCGAUAGUGAAGUUCAGGGAUAAAGUCAGCUGUGUGGAGUUUGACUUGAAUGUAAAUAAUGUUGUAGGAAUAAGAAAUACAUUCCUUAUGAGAACCUAUGCAUACAUUGAGAAUCGAGUUCGUCCAUUAGUACUUGCUGUUAAGAAGUGGGCGAGUUGCAAUGACAUAAAUGAUGCCAGUCGUGGUACUUUAAGCAGCUAUAGUCUUGUAUUGAUGGUUUUGCACUAUUUACAGACUCUACCUGAACCCAUCCUUCCAUCCCUCCAAAAAAAUUACCCAGAAUCUUUUGAUCCUGCUAUGCAGUUGGAUCUUGUUCAUGAAGCUCCACGUACCAUUCCUCCUUACCAGUCAGAAAAUGUAUCAAGCCUUGGGGAUUUGCUAGUAGGCUUCUUCAAAUAUUAUGCUACAGAAUUCGAUUGGAGCCAUCAAAUUAUUUCAGUUCGUGAGGCCAAAACUGUUCCAAGGACUGAUGGUAUUGAAUGGAGAAACAAAUUUAUUUGUAUAGAAGAGCCCUUUGAUGGGACAAACACUGCUAGAGCUGUACAUGAAAAACAGAAGUUUAGUAUUAUCAAAGGUGAAUUUCUGAAGGCCUGGCAGGUAUUACGAGACAAAGCGGACCUGAACAGUAUAUUACCUUUAAGAACAACCACACACCAAAAAUAAUCAACUUAUUUCGCUUCCUUCUUAUGGCACCCUGGUGAAAUAAGGCACAGUAUCAAAAUCACGAGGCUGUUACCCCACAUUUUUUUAUGAAAUGUUUUUCUCUGUAAACUUCUAUUAAGGAAAUUUUUUAAUAAGGAUUGCAUAUUUUGUUAUCAAUAUUUGUUAAUACAGCUGUUCAUUCAAAGGAAUAUGUAAUAAAUGAUACAAAGACAUUCAGAGCUAAACAAUAUGCAAGUCCAACUGUAUCCUUAAGGUAAUCUAAAAUGGAAUUUGCAAGCAAUGUUUCUACUACAGAAAAGUUGAAGUAAAAAGGACGAAUCAAUGUACAUGAAGGCUUCAUAUUCACACAGAGCGUAUGAAGGAGAGAUGGGGAAAAAAAACCACACUAAAACCAAAACACCCCACAGCCCUACCACUGCUACAAUAAUUUGGGCUUCUGUUUCUAUUUUGUGUAAAUAUUUGUAAAUUGGUCACUACUGUAAAAUGAAUAGAGGCAAGUAAUCUUGAAAAUUCUAGCAUUAAAAAAAAAGUUGUGAACCCUCUUUUAAAAUCCUGAGUACAUUUUGUGCCUCUCACAUACUUGUUAUUGAAAAUGAAUUCACUGUUAAAACUGCACUUACCCUUAUUGUCAAAUUUGUAUUUUCAUUUUUGUAAGUUUAAUAUUUUGUAUCAUGUCACAUGAAAUAAAUUUAUAUAUGGAAGAUA